CAUCAAAAUAUGUUUCAAAUACCAUGUAGUCUUCUCAUAUGACACCUAUCAGCAGCCAGUGCAUUCCUUAGAAACCUCGAGACCCCCUCUCCAUCUAUGUGACGACGGACCACUGGUAACCACCGUAUCGGCGAGGACGGCGACUUGGCUUCUGGAUACGAUGGUGAAGAACUGUGGUGAUUCUGUGCAUUUACAAAUUGCUGAGAGAAAUAUACUACAGGAGAUGAUCAAAAUUUUAAAUAAAAGGCUUCUGGAGACAAUGGUGAAGAACUGUGGUGAUUCUGUGCAUUUACAAAUUGCUGAGAGGAAUAUACUUCAGGAGAUGAUCAAAAUUGUAAAGAAAAGGGGCACGAAGGCUAUUUAUGGCGGAGAAAACAGUCUAGGCUCUGAAAGCUCGAUUUUGGAUUGCUGAUGCUCGAUUUUGGAUUGCCAAUGCUGUCAUCCAGGUUGUUCUGAUCUAAUGUCUAUUUCAGUUGCUGUGGUGUAUGGUAGUUUUAGAUCAACUGAUUGAUACUCAAUAUAAAACCAGGGGAAAUGCCUGCACUAAUAAUUGUCAACCUUAAAUCAUCUUGUUUAUUACUUUGAAGUUUUUAGUAUUACGUAACUUAUGUAAAUAUAUUGUAUUAAAUUUGUGUGAACA